AUGCCACUGCAUAUAAAGCACCCAAGAUGGGCAUGCAAACGAAAUGUUGAAUCGGCAGGUCCAACUCAGCGAUCUCCUCCAAUAAUUGAUUCGGCAGGCCCACCGCAGCAAUCGCCUCCAUCAUCUCCUUCCAACGUUGAUAAGGUCGAUAAGAUUGUAGUGGAAAUGGGUAUUUUCAAUUACAGAUGUGAUGAAGAAGAACAGAAGGAAUGCGUUAUCUGCCUGUGUGAAUACGAAGAGGAUGACAAGGUGGUGGCACUAAAACCGUGUCAUCACAAUUUUCACGAGGAUUGCAUUCAAAGGUGGAUGCAGUGCAAGCUCCGGUGUCCCAUCUGUAAUGCAUGUCCGCUUGAGAAAUUUAGAUCCCAUGCUCAAAAUGAUGUUGCGCUUCAAAUUCCAGCUCCGCCCGCUGUGGGUGAUUGA